GACCUUGAGUAUUUAGUCCACAACUAAAGCUGAAUCUGCCUGGACUUGUGAAAUGAUCAUCCUCAGACCCCGGCUUAAUAAUACCCCUCCUGAAUGUCCUCGUGAUGAAUUGUUGAGUUCUGACUGUUUGUGUUUCGUGCGGUCACGUGACUCCAGCCUCAGAGCGCGAGCCGCUGGUCCACCCUGCCACAGAGGGGAGUCGAGAGCUCGGCUGUGAGCUACAUGGUGCUCAGUUUUUCAAGAUGUCGUCGCUGGAGCAGAGGCUGUCGCGGAUCGAGGAGAAACUGAAGCAGGAAAAUGAAGAAUCUCGCCGGAGAAUCGACCUCAACAUCGACAUGAGCCCGCAGCGAUCACGCCCGAGGCCCACCCUCCAGCUGCCACUGGCCAACGAUGGAGGCGGCCGAACAUCAUCUACAGAGAGCUCGCCUCAGCACCAGCCGCACCCCAGCCGCCCGCGACACAUGCUCACCCUGGCCACGCCUCCAUACGGCCUGCAGAAGAGCUUAGAGAAUGCAGAGAUCGACCAGAAACUUCAGGAGAUCAUGAAACAGACAGGUUAUCUGAAGAUCGACGGUCAGCGGUAUCCAGCGGAGGUGACGGACCUGAUCAGCGAGGGGGAGAUCGGCAGCGGAACCUGUGGGCAGGUCUUCAAAGUGCGAUUCAAGAAGACCGGCCACAUCAUCGCUGUCAAACAAAUGCGCCGCACAGGAAACAAGGAUGAGAACAAGAGGAUCCUGAUGGACCUGGACGUGGUGCUGAAGAGUCAUGACUGCCCGUACAUCAUCCAGUGCUACGGCGCCAUAGUUACCAGCACGGAUGUAUUCAUCGCCAUGGAGCUGAUGGGAACCUGUGCUGAGAAGCUGAAGAAGAGAAUCCAGGGCCCUAUCCCAGAGCGAAUCCUUGGAAAGAUGACAGUGGCGAUAGUGACGGCGUUGCUGUACCUGAAAGAGAAACACGGCGUCAUCCACCGGGACGUCAAACCCUCCAACAUCCUCCUGGACGCGAAGGGUCAGAUCAAACUGUGCGACUUCGGCAUCAGCGGACGCCUCGUCGACUCCAAGGCCAAGACCCGCAGCGCCGGCUGUGCUGCCUACAUGGCGCCUGAGAGAAUAGACCCGCCAGAUCCCACCAAACCUGACUAUGACAUCCGGGCAGACGUGUGGAGCCUCGGCAUCUCUCUGGUGGAGCUGGCCACGGGACAGUUUCCCUACAAGAACUGCAAGACAGACUUUGAGGUUCUGACCAAAGUUCUGCAGGAAGAUCCUCCUCUGCUGCCCCUCGGCAUGGGCUUCUCCCUCGACUUCCAGUCCUUCGUCAAAGACUGUCUCACAAAGGAUCACAGAAAAAGGCCCAAAUACCACCAGCUGCUGGAGCAUAAUUUCAUCCGGCGGUACGAGGUGCUGGACGUGGACGUGGCCGGUUGGUUCCAGGCGGUGAUGGAUCGCACCGAGUCGCCUCGCAGCAGCCAGUGUUACAGCCACCAGCACCAGCUCCACUCGCUCUCCAGUAGGUAGCCCAGCCCAGCCCAUGGCGAGCUUAGCCAGACGCUAGACUUCGCCAAGCCCAGAGUCGGUCUGUCCUCGUCUAGACUAGCGUCGGCAGCGAAGCCGGGACCUCGCCCCCGGCUGUCCAUCUGUCCACGGACAGUCCUGAAGAGCCCACAGAGGAGAGGACUGAUGGAUGGAUGACGCUGGCGGUUCUGUUAAUCAGUGUGUUGGAUCUGGACAGACAGACAAGGGGGGAGGGAUGGAGGGGGAGAGAAUAAGGUGCACACUGUAGUUAGCUUCAUGCGUUUACACAUGUUUCACGUCUCGUAUCUCGUAUGCGUUUCCACAUUUCCUUCAGCCAUCACUCGUUUGUCACCCACAUUUCUGUCUCGAGCGUUGAUCCGAGCCGGGGGAUCAGUCAACAGAGUAGUCACUACACACUGGAACAAAGCAUCGGCUACUAUAGCGAACACGAAUAUCUGUCUUGUACAUAAACGUUGAGGAGGACACAACCGUGUCCAGUACAAUUCUGCCUCUUCAGGUGUUUCUACUAUGACACAUUCUCAGGCUGAAUCUGCGUGCGUGUGCACACAUGUGUGUAUGGAUAAAUGUCAACACACAAUAAGUGAGCUUAUCUUUCCGAGCCGUUUAUUCACUUUCACACUACACCCGUUAACACACACACACACACACCGUUAUGUAUUAAUCUAUUGGCUGUGCUUCAUUUUUAACAUGCAAAGGCAACUCAUUAACUUUGAAAUUAAAUAUGUAAGCAGCUGCACAAUUGGAAAAAAACGGAUGAAAAAAACGUUUUAAAAAAUUAGUGUUCUCGCUUUGUAGAAAAGGAGCCGUUUACGGUUUUGUUUUUGUGUGUUCAUACUAAAAGAGCUCGAGGGAUUCUAAGAAGGGAAAAAAGAUGCGUUAGAAAGGAGGAGAAGAAGAUGAAGAAGAAGGGAGUUGUCAUUUGGAAGUUCGAGGAGCCGUGUGAGAAAAGCGCGGUAGAGGCCGCAGCUAAAAAUGGGAGCAGAGUGUUUGUUUUUCCUUGUAGCAGAGAAUGGGAGCUUAUCUUGUACAAAGAAUAGACAUGGAGUAGAGCUUACUGCCUGUGGAGCUUUUAUUUCUAUAUUUGUCUAGAGAUGUAGGCCUGCCUCAGACAACAAGAAACAGUCCUAAAGCCAGGUUGGUGUUUUCAGAACCUAGAGCGGGGGUCUCAAACUACGACGUCAGAUCAAACACAUGUUUUGAAUUGACUUUCAAAUCUGUCUGUUGUGUGUGUACCCUUUAUAGUCUAUUCGGCUUAUUGUAAAGUAAUUAUUUACCUUUUCCAGGGCUGCAAGUUACAAUCUCAAUACCCUCCCCCAAUCGUUAAUCAUCUCCUAGAUAUCUUUGUAAUUAAUCAUUCAGUUGGAAACAUUUUCAAGAGUCCAAGUGUUAAUGUCUUUUGUAAAAAAAACUGCUGUCUUUUUAAGACAAAGAAAAGCAGAAAAUCUUCAAUCUUCUAAAAUCAAUGAAUCUUUUCCCAAUAUUGCCUCGAAUUCUAACCCUUUUAGUUUUAAUCAUGAAAUCGUAAACUACCUACCACGAACUAAGACCAGCAGCGCGGUCAUGUUAACGCAAAUGUCUCUUUCAGAACCUGAAAAGAAAAGUUGACUCGGAUCACAGACGGUUUCAACGGUUUAUUUGUUCUUCUUUUGUUGUUAAGUGUGACAGUUUGCCCUGUGAGCGCGAAGGAGCAUUAGCGUUGUGCAAAGAACUAGGAGAAAACAACCUGACCAGUGGUCAUGUGACUUUUGAGACCCCUGAACUAGAGGAUCAUUAAAAUACAAAACGAGUGCGUCCUGCUGCAAUAACUGGGCACACGAAGCCGGCAAUGUGUUUUGAAGUUGCGACGUGUCUCUGGAGACGGAGCAGCGUCCCGGUGCCUCCCCUCUUCACGGGCCUCAGCCAAAGCUGCUAGAUGCGCAGACUCGAACCUCCCACGGCCGUCACACACCAAACCAAAUCACUGCUAGACACGCAGGGAACUGAGAAAAGGCAACGGCGGAGAGAGGGAAGCCGUCGUCAAGAGAG